AUGAAGCCACAAGGGAUUUCAGAAGAAGAUAUCAAGCUGAGGGCCUUUCCAUUUUCAUUAACUGGAGUAGCAAAAGAUUGGCUGUAUUAUUUGCCACCAGGAUACAUCACUUCUUGGAUAGAUAUGAAGAAGGCUUUCUUGGAGAAAUUCUUUCCAGCUUCAAGGACUGCAAUUAUCAGGAAAAGUAUCUGUGGGAUUCAGCAAGUGGUGGGAGAGACAUUAUACGACUAUUGGGAGCGAUUCAAGAAAUUAUGUUCAAGUUGUCCUCAACACCAAAUCAGUGAGCAGCUACUAGUCCAAUACUUCUAUGAGGGUUUGCUACCUAUGGACAGAAGUAUGAUAGAUGCAGCAGCUGGAGGAGCUUUAGUGAACAAGACUCCAGAACAAGCUAGGGAGCUUAUUUCAAACAUGGCAGAAAAUUCACAACAAUUUGGAAGUAGAGCUUUGACAACAAGAGGGGUUGGAGAGGUUCAAAUGGUUUCCAAUGAACAAAAGGAGAUAAGAAGCUCAUUAUUGGAGUUAACAUCUUUGGUAAAGCAAUUGGCACUGAAUAAUGCUAAUCAAGCUUCCAUUUUGCCAAGUACACAGUUUCCAUAUCAAUCGAAGGGAGUUUGUGGCAUUUGUUCAAGCCAAGACCACAAUUCAGAAUUGUGUCCAAAUCUUCAUCAAGAUGAGUCAGUAGCAGCAUUUUCUAGAGCUCAGUUUCCUCAAAAAUAUGACCCCCACUCAUCUACUUAUAAUCCUGGUUGGAGAGAUCAUCCUAAUUUUAAGUAUAGCAACUCAUUCUAUCGACAACCAUUUUCAAAUCAGCAGUUCAGCCACACUUCCAGCAAUUUCCAGCAACCUCAGCAAAGUUUCCAGCAGCAAAAUCAGCCUUUCCAGCAAUAUUAUCAACCUGCAAAUCAAUUCCAGCAGCAAUUUCAGCCUUUUCAGCAGUUUCCAAAUCAAAAUCAGCAAUGGCAAUUCCAAAAUCAGGGAGUUCAGCAGGGGCAAAAUGCAAUCCAGAAUGCACUUCCAGCACCUUCAAGGUUAAGUUUGACUCAAGGAAGUUCUAAUAACUCUUCUAAUUCCGAUUCACAACAGAAGAUGGAUGAUUUGUUGCAACAGAUUUUGCAACAGCAGCAAUUAUUUUUACAGCAGCAGCAACAUCAACAAAGGACAGAUUCAGCUUUGCAAAAUCUUGAAAGACAGAUUAGCCAACUAGCAACAAACUUAAAUCAAAUGCAAGCUCAAGGUUCAAGCAAACUACCUUCUCAAACAAUGCCAAACCCAAAGAAUGUGAGUUCGUUGACUCUUCGAAGUGGAAGAACCAUAACUGAACCAAUGAAGAAUAUUCCAAUUGGAUCAGAUUUUGUUGCACCAGCUUCGGACUCACAAUCACCAGAUCUUGUACCAAGAAAAUUGAAUUCAGAAUCCACUCAACCAGUACAGAACAGUGGGAGAAAUACAGCAGAACAGAUUUCAACAGAUUUUGGUUCAGCAGAACAAAAUGAUGCGCAAUCAGCUCCAAUUUCAGCUCAAAAUGUAGAGAAAGAAUCACAACAGCAAGGUACUGAGAUUUCUGCUCCAUUACCUUUUCCUCAAAGAAGAAUCCAGCAAAAGAAACAUGUUGAGGAAGAGAAAGCUAGGGAAUUUCAAGAACUUGUUAAUUUGUUUAGCAAAGUGGAGGUGAAUGUGCCCUUGUUAACUAUGAUAGAGCAAGUUCCGAAAUAUGCAAAAUUUCUCAAGGAUGUAUGUGUGCAUAAGAAGAAAUUAAAGGGAAAUGAAUUAGUUAGCAUGGGAAAAAAUGUUUCUGCUCUUAUUCGACCUAUUCCUCAGAAGUGUGAUGAUCCAGGAGUUUUCACUGUGCCAUGUACUAUUGGAAAUUAUGUAUUUGUGGAUGCUAUGCUGGAUUUAGGAGCUUCUAUUAAUGUAAUGCCGAAAUCAGUUUUUCUAUCAUUGGGUAUUGGUCCUCUACAGCCUACGGGAGUAGUUAUUCAGUUAGCCAACCGUAGUCAGGCUCAUCCAACUGGAGUGAUUGAGAAUGUUUUGGUUAAGGUGAGUGACCUUAUAUUUCCAGCUGAUUUCUACAUUUUGGAUAUGGAAGGUGAUGUAUUAAUGAAUAGAGCUCCAAUUAUUUUGGGAAGACCAUUCCUUAAGACUGCCAGAACCAAGAUUGAUGUGCAUGCAGGAACUCUAUCUAUGGAGAUUGCUGAUGUAGUUGUUCAAUUCAGUAUUUUUGACACGAUGCAACAAAAGAAGAGCCAUUCUAUUCUCAGUGUUUAUAAAUCUGAAUGGCUGGAUACUAUGAAUUUUGUUGAUGAAGAUUGUGAGGAAAUUGUUUCAGACUCUGAUGAAUUGGGAUGUAAAUCCAAACACUCCGGAGGUUGUAGUGAUAACAGGGAAAUAGUUGAGGUAAGAUCUGAUUGUGGUCAAACUACUGUGGAUGAAUCUAUAAGUGUAGGGGAUUGCAAGGAAUAA